AAAUCACAAAUUCAAUACCUGUUGCUUAGUCGCCGUUGGACGGAAUUCUCACUGUCCGGCGGAUUCCGAUCCUUUUUUUUCCGAUCAGAAGAGCAGAACCUGCAAUUUGAUCGUAUAUGCGAAUACUUGGGUGAAAAUCAACCCAGGAUGGAUACUGAAGCUAUAGACCAGCAGCCCAAGCAAGAGCGUUUGAGGACGAGAUGGACAGCAGCCCUUGAUAAGAUUUUUGCAGACAUAGUGGCAGAGCAUAUUCAGAUUGGGAACAGGGCAAAUAAUGUUUUUGACAAGAAAACAUGGAACCAGAUCCGUGAGGAAUUUAACAGACAGACCAAUCUCAAUUUCAAUAACAAUCAAUUGAGGAAACAUCUAGAUGUUCUUAGGACCCGUUAUCACAAUCUGCAAUCUGUUGUUAACCAAAAUGAUGCAGUGCAGGAUCCCUGCUACUUGGGUUUUGAUUUAUGGGAUGACUUUGGGGUACAAUCAAAGAUUGAACAAUCGAAAGCCAAGGAUUGUGCUAUUUACGAGCAACUAUGCACAAUAUUUGCAGAUUCGGGGGUGGAUGGCAAGUAUGCUCAAUCAAGCCACUAUGAAGAACUGGGCAAGAUCGGUGGGACUGAUCUCCCAGGUACAGAAGGUGGGAACCCACAUCUUAAAACUCCAUCCUUGUCAAAAAAUGCUCAUGAGAAUGAAUCUUCACCACAAAAAACGAACACAGCAGAUAAAAAGAGAAAGCGCCCUUCAGAAUUGGUCUCUGUGCCUGUGCAAAAUAACUGGAAUCAAGAAUUAAGUGAUGGAAUGGCAAAAGCUUUUACAGAGAUGAUUGCUUCGUCAAGGCUGCGAACAGUUACAAUGCCUCAGAUUGAUAGAAAAUUCACGAUUACUAACUGCGUAAAAGCAUUGGAUGAGAUAGAAGGCAUUGAAGACCACCUGUAUUAUGCUGCCUUGGAUCUCUUUGAGAAUCCUAGUUUCAGGGAGACAUUCCUUUCUCUCAAGAGAAACUAUGUUCGGGUGACAUGGUUGCAGGGCAAAUUGCAGAGCAAGUAUGGCAAUUAUACCCCAUUAAGAACUGCAUUCUAGUAUUUGCUUUGAAGAUUUUCACUUAGGGGAUAACUUUAUGGUAGAUGUACAAAAUCUUUUCGUCCAUGACUAUAUGGAAAGGACUGUGUUUUGAGGAUUGCUUGAAGCGUGAAUAUAGUACAUCAAGAUUACAUCAGAUUGCUGAAAUCCUUAAUGUAAAUACAGUUUCGUUUUUUAAUUACAGAAAACACUUCAUCAUCAGGUAUCCCACUUUCAGUUGCUCAUGCGGCCCUGUGGAGUUUGGUUAUCAAUAGCUACAUUUAUAAAUUUU